UGUUGAUUUGACAACGCCGCCACAGAGCGAGUGUUCAAGAUCAAGAGCAGUUGACCAGGGCAUGUUGAGGAAUGUUUUGAGAUAUACUAUUGCUAAGUGGUUUACGAGACGUUGACUGAGUACAAAUCCGAUCCACGAAUUCCAUAGCAUCCACCAUGUCCGAGAAACGCGGCCGCUACGACGACCACAGCGGACGUCACCAGAACUUCAAAAAGCACAAACCCAACAGUCAACAUGGCAACCGCGACAAUCGCCCUCGCAACCCGCCGAGCCAACAAGCUAGCCAAUCCGUUCGCAUCCCGGACGACAUCGUGCGCCUCCAGCAAGAAAUCGCCAGCCUCCCGGAUCCGAAGAACUGCACACCAUGUCAGAAGAUCGAAAAGGAGAUGGACACUGGAAUCAUAGCAUUGUUAGACCAUCUUGUACAAGAAGAAGCCGCAGAUCCCACCCGACAAGACCAAUCGAUCCUCCACCACGCCCGCUCCCUCCGAGACCUACUCUCCACCCGCGCCUCCUCCCUCACCACCACUCGGCUCCAAACCCUCGACUCCAAACGCCCGGAAACCGCUCCCCCAAUAAAGAUCCCCCCGUAUACCCUCCACCGCCUCCAACAAUCCAAAUCCCUUCCCCCGCUACCGCCAAUCUCAGACCCACACAUCGAAUCCCUCAUCUUCACCCACCGCAGCUUCGCAGACGCCAGACUGCUCGCCCCGCGCGGCUACCGCGGCACCGAAACAAACUACGAGUCGCUCGAAUUCCUCGGCGACGCGUACAUCGAAGCCAUGGCCUCGCGCCUCCUGUACUCGCGGUUCCCGGACAUUGAACCCUCCCUGCUGAGCUCGUUCCGCGAAAAACUAGUCAAGAACGAGACGCUGGCUGGUUUCUCCAACGCGUACGGGCUACCGGAUCGAUUGAAGCAUGGCGCGCAUAUAAAGGAGACUAAGGCUUGGGGGAAGAUUGUGGCGGAUGUGUUCGAGGCGUACGUCGCUGGGAUCAUUCUCUCGUCGCCGGAUUCAGCAGAGGGGUUCAGUGCGGCGGAGGAGUUUUUGACGGCGUUGUGGACGCCGCAGAUGCUCGCUUUUCAACCUCCUGUCAUGGAGAAUCCCAGGGCGAGGGAUGAGAUCAAUAAACUUCUCGCGGCGAAGGGGAUCAAGCUCGAGUACAGGGAGGAAAGGGGUAUGCGCAUGGAAGACGGGAAGCAGAAAUUUUUCAUUGGGCUGUAUUUGACCGGGUGGGGAUUUGAGGAUGAGUGGUUGGGGAGCGGGGAGGGGAGGAAUAAAGGCGAGGCGUGCGUCAGGGCGGCCAUGGAUGCCUUGAAGGACGGGAGGGGGGUGAUCAAGGUGGCGAAUAAGAGGAAGUUGGAGGUUUAUCCCUCCAAGGAGAAAUCGGAGAGGAAGAAGGGGAAAGAUGGGAACGAGAACGUUGGGGUGGCUUGAUUGGGGAGAUCUUGGAAGUGGAAUACAACUCCUCGACAGGUGAACGGGCGGAACAUAGCUUGAGAUAUCAGGGAGCAGUCAAUUGUAUGCAUAUUGAUACCCAUCCU